AUGCGCAUUGUCUGCCCCGGGUCUACCGCACAGAUCAUCCCUGGAGGCCCAUCUGUUCCUCCGCCGGCAGACAGGCCCAAGCGCCGCCAUGGAAAAGAACGCGAACGCGACGCCAAGCUCGAGCAGGUUGAGCAGAACAAGAAGAAAUUUGACAAGACUCGCAAGGUCAAACUUCACAUAGCUAAACAUGGGACCACGCGCCGCCAACCCGUCAUCGUUAAACAUGUUUUUGUCGGUAAUCUCCAAUCUCACAUCACCCCCUCCGACCUCGAGAAACACUUCCAGCAUUUUGGUAUUAUUAAGGACAUCAUCAUCCGCUGCAGCCGCGGCCAGGCUGUUCCCUCUGGUCUUGUUCUUCCGACUGCGGCCAGUUCGAAGAACGAUCGCCAGUACGCUAGCAUCGAGUUCAAGGAACCCAAGUCUGCAAUCAAGGCUCUUUCCUACCACGGAAGGAUGCUAUUGGGGUGCACUUUAGCUGUCGCUCUGUCCCCUGCUGAAAUGCCAGAGGUCGUAGAUAUAGUUGAUAAACGGCUCAAGAGCAUCUGCGAAAGGCAAUAUGUUUCGCCUUCAGCCCCAAAACCGUUAAUGAAGAGCGACACCGAGCGCUGCCUUGAUCACACCGAGCCGUCUGUUGAUCGACACCGUAUCAACUUUGGCUGGGGAUUCUCGUUCGCCAAGUGCAUUAUGUAG